AUGGGUGUUAUACCAAAUUACGUGGCCGCGGAUGAGAACGAGAAGAAGGCAAACGGCGCCGGUCCUCGCCACACAGAUACCUCCCAAGAUGCCGCGGUGAUAACAUUGCAAACACUGGUCCAGAUGUUGACAACGCUGAAACGCCAACUCAAUGAACCCACAUUGCAGGCGGAUAUCAGCAACCGGCUUCAUGAUCCAAAUACACUGCCAGACCAGGCACUCAUGUCCCUGGCGGCACAGGCAGUCGAUAUUCUGUAUGAAAUUGAGCAAAUACUUCAGCCGGCGCAGCUAAUACUGGCGGACCACUUCUUGGGUUAUAUGCGCAGUAAAUGUCUGGUCACAGCAGUGUCGUUCAAAAUCCCCGAUCUCCUUUCCCGCCUUGGUGAGAUGACUGUCAAGGAGCUCGCCGAUGCUGCAGGGGCUCGAGAGGACCGACUGCGCCAAAUUCUACGUCUUCUCCGCAACAAUGGCAUCUUCACCUACAAACCAGAAAGGGAUAGCUAUGCCAAUAACUGCCGCUCGGAAUUGCUGCGGUCAGAUCACUGGACACAGUGGCACAACUGGGUGGACCUGUACGGUAAUGAAUUCUACGAUAUCGCUCGUGGCAUCCCCGCCUCAGUGCACAAAGACACCACUCGCAGCGCAGCACAGCAUAACUUUGACACCGACGAUGACAUGUUUACCUACUUCGAUAAGCGGGGAUGGGUUCCCCGUCUCCAUCGGACCCUCGGAGGAGGCGCUGUUGCGCAAGCCCCGGGUAUUGUGGCGGACUACCCCUGGCACGAGAUUGGCGAUAAGACGAUACUGGAUGUAGGCGGUGGUGGUGGCGCCUUGAUUGCAUCACUGCUUCGAGCCAGUCCCAAUCUGCGAGGAGGCGUCUUCGACCUUCCUCGCGUUAUUGAACACAUCCGACCUUUCUUCGAGCAAGGGGGACAGUUCGCUGACGUCGGCGAUCGGGUCUCGAAAAGCGAUCUUAUCGCAGGCGACUUCUUCUCCCAGAUCCCCAAUUACGAGGUAUACGUGAUGAAGUGGUGCCUGCACGACUGGCGCGACCCCGAAGCAAUCCAGAUCUUGCGCAACAUUCGUGAAGCCAUGACCCCGGGGGAGAAAUCUCGUCUGGUGGUACUGGAGUCAGUCAUGCAGGACGGCGAGAUGGGAAGGUUGUCUCGGUAUGGGGAUAUCAAUAUGAUGAUGACUGCUAAAGGCCAGGAGCGGACGGUGGACGACUGGCAUCGAUUAGCGACAUCAGCCGGUUGGAUGGUCAAGGGGAUUUAUUCACUGAGAAACGCUUGGGUCAGUGCGAUUGAUCUUCGUUCACCCUUUACAUAA